AGGAAGGAAAAAAUUAACCAGCUUUGCUGCAACACUGUUUUGAAGAUGGUGUACGUCUCUAAUGGCCAGGUUCUGGAUAGCCGGAGCCAGGCCCCUUGGAGUUUAUCUUUUAUUACUGAUCUCUUUUGGGGAGUAGUGGAGUUUGUUGGAUUGUUUUUUCAUAGCUUGUUCCAGCCAGACUUGUCAAAGAAAGGAACCUCAGGCUCCUCAUCUUCUUCUAGAUUUGAUGAUGGCAGAGGCCCCCCUCGAUACCCUGGAAGAAGACGAAUGGGAAGAAUAAAUCAUGGGGGGGGUGGUCCAAGUGCCCCUCCUAUGGGAGGAGGUGGAUGAGGAAGGUAGACGCCUGCAUAAAUCAAUGCAGGCAAAGGAUGCACAUGUUCACAAGGCUGGUCUGGGUAUUUAAAGUGAAGGUCUUGAGUAGAGGAGAAUUGCGGAGUUGUAAUGUGAAUGUGUGUGUCCACCUGAACAGCUGCUACUGCUGACGUGGAUUCUUGAUGUUGCUCUGGGAAUACCUGACCAAAGGUGCCAUUGCAAUUGAUGAGCAGUAUUUCUUUUCUUUGUACAUAGGGAGUUUGCUAAUGUUUUGUUUUAUGUUAAUUUAAAGUUCCUUUUUUUUAAAUCUAU